UGGUCGGCUGAGUCCGCCUCAGACUCAGAGCUGCCCUCGGUGUCCUCAGCACCCGCCGCUUGCCUUCCUGUUUCUCCUGCUCGUUAUGUCUACGUCGACAAGCUGCCCGAUUCCCGGGGGCCGGGACCCACUGCCAGACUGCUACAGCACCACGCCAGAGGGCACGCUAUACGCCACUACCCCGGGAGGCACCAGGAUCAUCUACGACCGAAAGUUCCUGCUGGAGUGCAAGAACUCACCCAUUGCCCGGACGCCUCCCUGCUGUCUCCCUCAGAUCCCCGGGGUCACAACUCCAACCGCACCACUCUCCAAGCUGGAGGAGCUGAAGGAGCAGGAGACAGAGGAAGAGAUACCCGAUGACGCACAGUUUGAAAUGGACAUCUGAUCCAGUGCAGAUGACCUGGUGUAUGGAAUCAGAGGAAUCCCUCAUGCCGCUGCUGCCACCACCUCUUCCUGGGGUAUCCAAAGGCCAACUGGCCUCAUCUAAUCUGGAAGGGAGUGGCCUGUAGGUCUGGGCCUCCCUUAGUCAGAGGCAGCUAGACCAGAGACAGGAGUGGGCAAUUUGCCAAGCCCUUAGUGCUUUCUCUUUGGUCAGUCUGUUCCCCCACCUCCAUUCCCCUUCCGGCCUUCCUGGCUCUGGGUUUGGAACUUGGAGAUGGAGUAUGUCACCUUCUGGCUGUUUAGUAAACAUUGAAAGAAA